AUGCUGCUGUCCAUGGUGUCCCUAGCCAAGAGCAAGUCAAAAACCAUUCUGGUGAAGAUGGUGAGCCAAGCUGGGACUGGGUACUCCUUCAACACCAAGAGAAGCCGGCUGUGGGAGAAGUUGAUGCUCCUGCAUUAUGAUCCUGUUGUGCGCACAAAAGUUCUCUUCGUGGAACAGAAAAAAGUACGCUCCCUUUAA